AUGGUGACCAAUACUCUUCCCGAAGAUGGAAAAUACACUUUCAUAACCUCGACUCCUUUUGAUUCGGCAAAAGGGAAACAGGAGACGAGGACCCUAGUACGAAAACAUGUGAUGCGUCCAUUCAUGAAACAAAAUCGACCGAAAAGGGCAAAUGGUCUGAAGAAAAUUGCGUCAAAUUCUUGUGUUGGUGCGUCUCCACUGCAGACAUCCAUCCCACACGCGAAUGGGAAGGAGAUAGACACAGAAGCAGAAGUAGGAAGCGAAGCUCUAAUGGGUUUGCAAACGAAUUCAAUGGUUUUAUUGGGGAAUGGCCGUGUGAAUCCCUUUCAGGCAUGGCCAGUCAAGAUGGAUGCCCAAGAGCAUGAGCUGGUGUAUCACAUCUGGGAUCCAGCACAAUGCUUCCAGCCAUUCAGAGACUUCUGGUUUCCGCUUGGUACAAACGAUUCCGCGGCAAUGCACUUGAUGUUGGCUAACGCUGCCCUACACCUUAACGCUCUUAAAGGUAAUCGAGUUGAGGAUCGUGAAUCGAUGACGUAUCAUCUUUCAGCUGUCAGAUCCGUGAAUCGAAGAUUAGCAAACUUUAGUGUAGAACAUUCAGACGGAAUCCUGGGGGCUAUACUUGGCUUCAUGUGUCACGACCAUCUUCUCUCCAAUCCGAAGAGGUGGAAGAUCCACCAGGCUGGCUUCUAUAGAAUAUUGGGCUUGCGAGGCGGACUGUCAAGUAUCGAAAAUAUCCCACCGAUUCGUCUCUCUUUGUUCUGGAUCGAGAAUAAUAUGUCUAGCGAUUUAGAUAUGGUGCCUCUUUCUCCUCCGCCUGUUCAAUAUUUUACGAAUCCUUAUCUUCCAAGGUAUCAAGCUGAGGGCGAAGCUUAUUUUGUCAACAUCUGUGAGCACUCUGAUAUCUCAUCUUUUCUUUCUGUGGACAUUCUCGAUAUCAUGAAGCAGUUGAGUAUUCUCACAGUCACGAUAAUUCGCGAAAGUGACAAGAGAAAUCUAUCGAAAGAUGCGCAAUUUCUUUGGGGAGACCAGAACUUUGCUGGUCUGUGCGUCUAUCCGAUCUUGUCGAGAUUUUUGACUAUACAGAAAGAGCCCAAGCAUGAUAUCGAAGAGUUGUGUAGGAUUGGCGGGCUUCUAUUUAUUGGCCAGACAAGAAGAUGGUUCGGCGUUGCGCCCGUGAUUACCAACGUUUUUAUCACCAAGCUGCGUCGAUUACUAGAGAGCGACGGAGACAUAUGGCAUACCAAGGUAAAGAGUCUAAGAGUAUGGACUCUUGUUAUGGCUGGCUGCGCAGCGACUAUAGAAGACGAGAAAGCUUGGAUAGUUGAGACACUCAAGCGGGAUGUCUUUGACUGGUCCGAGUUGCAGAACGUGAAGAAUAUGUGGUGGAUAGAUGAAAUACUCCAGGUUGGACUGUUAAAUUUGGAGACUGCCUUUUAUUCACUCUAG